AGAAGUAAAAAUACACUGGCACUUGAGUUUACUCCCUCUGUUCCCACUUCCCUCCACUUUCUUUCUCUGCAUUCACAAAUCACAGCAAUGCAAAUCCUCCAUACUUCUCUCCAUCCCCAUUUCUUCUUCACCUUCCCCAAACCUCCCCCAAACCCUAACCCUAAUCCCAAACCCAGCUACCACCAUCUCCACCUCCCAUGGCGUCCUCUCCUCCCUCGCCCUCCGUCGCUCCGCGGCAAGUCUCCGGCCAACUGCUUCGCCUCCGACGAGUUCCCCGUCGACGAGACCUUCCUCGAGAGCUUCGGCCCCAAGGACAAGGAAACCGAGGACGAAGCUCGGAUUCGCAACUGGACCGAGCGCGGCUGGGCUCCUUGGGAGGAGGUCUUCACUCCCGAGGGCGACUUCGCUCGCAAGAGCUUGAACGAGGGCGAGGAAGUCCCUCUCCAAUCUCCCGAAGCGAUUGAAGCCUUCAAGAUGCUCAAGCCGAGCUACCGGAAGAAGAAGAUGGAGGAGAUGGGACUCACCGAGGACGAUUACUACAGGAAGCAGUUUGAGAUAAAAGGAGAGAUUCCGCAGCCACUAGAGACGGUGUGGACGGGGCCGCUAGUGGUGAGGCAUUUGCCGCCGAGAGACUGGCCGCCGAGGGGGUGGGAGGUGGACAGGGAGGAGCUGGAGUUCAUGAGGGAGGCGCAUAAGUUGCAGGCGGAGAGAGUGGACAUUGAGGAGUUGGAUAAAAAGGUGAAGACGGUGACGGGGUCGGAGGAAAUCUGUUUGGAUCGGUAUAAGGUGUUCUUGAAGCAGUACAAUGAGUGGGUCGCCGCAAAUGAGGAUGGAUUGGAAGAGGAAUCUUAUAAGUAUGAUCAAGAUUACUAUCCCGGUAGGAGGAAGAGGGGGAAGGAUUACGAAGAGGGCAUGUACGAGCUUCCAUUUUAUUAUCCAGGACAAAUUUGUGCAGGAAAAGUGACUACUUUGCACCUUUAUCAAGGAGCGUUUGUUGACAUUGGUGGAGUACACGAGGGGUGGGUCCCUAUAAAAGGUAAUGAUUGGUUCUGGAUCCGUCAUCAUAUCAAAGUUGGAAUGCAUGUUAUUGUUGAAAUUCUGGCAAAGAGAGAUCCUUACCGCUUUCGGUUUCCUAUUGAAAUGCGAUUUGUCGAUCCUAACAUAGACCACCUAAUCUUUAAUAGAUUUGAAUUUUCACCAAUCUUCCAUCGUGAGGACGAUACAAAUCCAGAUGAACCCCAGUUACGUGAUUCUGGAAGACCUCCUGUUCCCCGAAAAAUUCCUGGAGACAAUCCAGUUGAGGAACCUUUAUUGUCGAAUCACCCUUACGUUGAUACGUUAUGGCAGAUACAUAAUGCUGAGCAGAUGAUAUUGGAUGAUUUGGAGGCCAAUCCUGACAAAUACAAAGGCAAAAAGUUAUCAGAGUUGAGUGAUGAUGAAGACUAUGACGAAGAAAACAGUGUCAUAUAUACUAAAGCUUCCUAUAAGAAAACAGUAAUUCCAAAAGUGAUUCUGAAAACAAGCCUUAAGGAACUUGACCUGGAGGCUGCCUUUGCUGAGCGUGAGCUUCGCAACAAACAAAGGAAAGAAGCAGAAGAAAGGGGAGAGGAAUAUAAAGUUACUAAGAUGAGACGAAAUAAUGAAAUGGAUGAAUAUGACUUACUGCAUUGGCGUCGAUCUUAUGAGGAACGAGAAGCUUUGAUCAGAGAGAUAAGCUGCCGUCAAGCUCUUGGCUUACCACUAGAAGAACCAGGAAGGUUUGUAGAAGCUAGCUACUUUGGGAAGGAUCAAUAUGACCCGGACAGCCCUCUGUAUCGGUAUGACUACUGGGGAGAACCAAAGAACUCGGAGAAGAGCAAGCAGGAGCGGAUGACAGAUGCCCACAACAAAUCUAUUGUGGGCAAGGGCACUGUGUGGUACGAAAUGUCAUAUGAAGACUGCAUCAAACAACGUAUGGAAAGAGAAGCCAAGGGGAUUAAGCCUAGAAUAGUCGACGAAGAAGAUUUAGAUGGAACUCUAGAUGAUGAUGAUGACGACGACGACGAUUUUGACUUCAGUAUUUUGAGGGAUUCGAGUCUUGAUUCAUUAAACCAGCCUCAUGUUAAUGGGACAGAAUCUUCUAGGAUUUCGGACGAGGGUAUGUUCGAGGAUUGAGUCCAUUGGUGUGUAGUAGUGUUGUAGCCCUAGAAGAGUUGUUAUUUUGUAAAGUAGACAACUAGUUUAUAUAAGAGGCUUACAUGGGGUGAAACCCAUUUUUUGUUGAUGAGAAAGUAAGCACUAAGCAUAAUCUCUUCCGAGAAUGCAGAUGAAGGAUACUUUGGAUGUGUAUUUUAGAUAUUUAUUCAUUUUUCCAUAUCUAGUAAGAAUAAUAAUA